GCCUUACUUUUUUAAAGCACUGGAUCUUUGAACCCGCAAGGGGCUAAUAUGGGGGGAUGGUUGAACAUGAAAGAUGCCGCUGAACGCUAACAGCUUCCGGCCGCCUGGUCUCUUCGUUGCAAAGUGUUCGGUUCUGACUGGCGCGUAUUUUGUAUCCAACGUCGGAAUUGCGUCGUUUCCAGGGAAACGCGACAAAACACCAUAGAGUUGCCGACCGGGCUUGAGCGAAUGAGGAGGAGGAAAGGUUCUUGUUUCGGGAAUGUAUUAGAAGAGCCAUGGCCACAACCGAGAGAAGACACGAUCUGCAUUUAACAAGCUCAGGCGUCGGGCUGCAUUACACCCCGGCCAGAUACUUCCCACCCUCUGACUUCAAAUCAUUUCUGAAAGAUCCAGUCCCUCUGAAACUGAGGGAAAGAGACACUCUCCAUCCCUAUGAUGAAGUUUUUAAUAACUUUGAAACCACCACUGGCUCAACUCAUAAUCUCAAGACCAUUGGAGGAGUACUUGGCCAUCCACGCCACAUAAAAGUUCCCAAUCACUGGAAUGUUCAUUACAUUACGGAUUUGUCAGAAAAGCUGAGCAGGCGAGACUGGAGGACUCCUCUGAAUAUGGCUAACCAAACGAGUGAGAUGAAGGACAAAUACACUGGGAGGCUCCCGCAAACCCUGGAGACUGCAUUUAAGGCUGGGCCUCAGCCAUUCAAUCUGGCCAACCAUCACACAAAUGGACCAUCUAAAAAUAUCAUCGCCAGUACAGAGAAUCCAGCCCUGACCAGUAAGGAGUAUUAUGUACGAGACAAAGAUGUUCUGCGUCUCAACGACAUUUAUUUAACCACGACUAACAAGGAUUUCAGGGCCUUUAAGAAGGAGGAGUUGGAAGGCUUUCCAAAGAAAGACGUAGCAACGUACUGGGAGAUGGAAGACUAUCCGAAGACCUGGGGCCACGGCCUGAAGGAGAAUCCUCUGCCCAAAGACGCCCAGAGGAUCAUCCGUGGUCCUGGCCCGAUGAUUGACCCCAGUGUGUUCCGAUCAGCCACCAGAAUUCCUCCACUCCCCAGGCGUCUGCCGCCCGUCCCAAAUCGGGGACUCAAGACACAAUAUCAGGAUGUGUACCAGCAGCCCAAUGAUGUCAAGCGCAAACAGGACCUCUAUUACCAACUGCAGGCCCCCUGGGUGGUGACCCGGGAGGGCUCAACCCCAGAGAUCCUGUCUGUUCCUCACAUGUACAAGACGGAAUAUAUGUCGUACGGGAAUGAGCGGCCCGUGAUCAUGUAAAAGGAAAAUGUAGUGCCUCCUCUUCCAAAAAAAAAAGAAAAUUCAGCCCUGAGUGAUUAGUUCAGAUUUUGCAA